AUGGCACUAAGUACAAGUAGCCUACUUGAGGCUAUUCACGCCACUGUAAAUGAAGGAGGCUGCUACGCAGCCUACGCCGCAGCUCCAUUGUCCGACUCCCUCUUAGUACACCAGAAGAAAGCAGUUUCUAGUGGAGGCCAUGUCGUUCAGCGAGUACAUACAUACCUUUCUUCCCGAGCAAUCCCCCUGGGUGUUUGGCUUGCUCCCGUCUUAAGUUGGUCCUGCUUGGGGAAAGGGGCAGAGGUAGGUCUUGAAGAUGAUGGCGAUGAUUCAGAACCCGAGCUCAGAGCUCUCGUUGAAGGUUCCUUCUUCGCCUUCCUAUUGUGCAAGCGAGGGAAAGAGAAGGGAAGUUUUGAAGGGAGGCCACUGCUCGCUGAAGGACUUGGCUGA